AUGAAAGAACAAAAGCAGCCUGUUGUUACAGUUGUGGAUUCAGACUCCUCUUCAGUUUCGUCUGUGCAGCAAGGACUGAAGAGAAACCUAAAGCCGAGACAUGUCAAUUUCAUAGCUCUCGGGGGAUCUCUAGGUGUUGGACUGCUCAUUGGAAGUGGAGGCGCUCUUGCAAUUGCUGGUCCUGUGGGUAUGCUCAUCUCGUAUGCCCUAAUGGGUGUGAUAACAAUGUGCACGAUUUUUUCUCUCGCCGAGAUGUGUGCUUAUCUGGGCCGCGAGGGGAAUUUUAUCGAAAUUAUGGCAAGAUUCAUUGAUAAGUCCACAGCGUUUGCCUUCACAUGGUCUAAUGCUCUUAGUUUUAGUCUCACGCUCCCUUCUGAGAUCUCUUCAAUAUGCCUGCUUAUCGGGUUUUGGGACACUGAUAAAAAGCUACCUGAUUGGGCGACUGUUCUCAUAUUCACAUUCAUUAUCAUCAUGGUUAACAUAGUGGAUGUUGGAGCAUACGGGGAAGUUGAGUUUUGGGUCACUAUGAUAAAAUUGAUUUUGUUCGUUGGCAGCAUCUUCUUUUGCUUGAUAGCUACAUGUGGAGGCAAUCCUUUGCACAAAACCACAGGCUUCCAGUACUGGAGAAAUCCUGGACCGUUUGUUAAUUACCUUACAGAUAAGCCUGUAGGAAAAUUUCUUGGAGUUUGGAGAGUUCUGGUGAACGCUGCUUUUGGUUACCAAGGAAGUGAAACAAUUGGACUUGCAAGUGGAGAAACUCCCAACUUUAGAAAGCUGGCACCUGCUGUGAUGAAAUCAGUCGCAAUUCGUGUUGUGACAUUCAACGUGCUAUCAUUAUUUAUGGUGUCGCUUAUGGUUGCAUCUAACGACCCCAACCUUUUGAGCGCCAUCAAUGCUGGUGCUGGUAAUGGUGCCCAGUCCCCAUUUGUGAUUGCAGUCGAAAAUGCUGGUGUUAAGGUCCUUCCAUCAAUUGUCAAUGGUGGCAUCUUAAUUGCCGCAUUCUCUGCUGCCAACACUCAAAUUUAUAUUCCUUCAAGAUCCUAUUACUAUGGAACCAAGUACGGUUUCUGCCCCAAGUGGUUGAUCAAGACCAAUAGAAACGGCGUUCCCUACUACUCUGUUCUUUUCAACGGUGCGUUUGGACUUCUUGCACUUCUCACCUUGAACAAUACUGCCGCACAGGUCUUCAAUUGGCUCAUGAAUCUUGUCACUGAGUUUGGAUUCAUUUGUUGGGCUUUGAUCAACUACGCCUUUCUAAGGUAUUACUACGGGCUAAAAAGACAAGGAAUUGACAGAAGUUCAAUUCCGAUAUACAAGUCCCCACUACAGCCUUACUCAGCUAUAUUUGCAUGUUUCAUGCUUGUUCUUGUUGCCAUUACCCAGGGGUUCACUGCUUUCAUACCAUGGGAUACACAAAACUUCUUUGCGGCUUACAUUUCUUUGAUUCUUUAUUUUGUUUUCUGGCUCGGAUAUAAACUGUGGACCCGUGACUUUAGAGAGAUUCCACUUGACAAGAUUGACUUUUCAUAUCCUGAGGAUGAAGAAGAUCUAGAGUAUGACAACAAAACUGCAAAAGUCAUGGAUAAGAUUUUUUGUUGA